UAUAAAAAUACAGCAGCUGCAGAACCAAAUUCGUCUGGAGCAAGAAAGUGGCCAGUGGUAUCGUCACCAACAGCAACCUGAUCAUCAGCAGCACCCUCCCUCUUCUCCUUCCUUUCCUCCUCCCCCCUCCUUCCAGGAGCCUGAGUCCAGCCAGUCUGUCAUUUCUCCUGUGCCAAUGAGUAUUCUUAACUCUCAUACUUCCCCAACCAUGCAGUCUUCCAGCUCCUUCAACUAUGCUCGGCCUAAGCAGUUCAUUGCUGCUCAGAACAUCAGCCCUGCUUCAGGUUACGUGACUCCAUCUUCAGGAUCAUCUACAUCCAGCCUUCCUUCUCCUAUGUCUCCAACUGCUUCUCAGAAACAGUUUGGGAGAGUGCCUGUUCCCCCUUUCUCUCAGCAGUUUGCUCCAGAAGGGGAGUAUGCCUGGUCUCCUUCUUCUCCAUCCCCUCCGCCCCCACCUCCACCUGUCUUUAGUCCAACCGCAACAUAUCCGGUGUGUGAUUCCUUUCCCCUUCCACCUCCUCCACCCCCUCCUCUUCCUUCGCUUUCUUCGCCUUCCCACAGCCUGUCUCCAACUCCCAGAUUUCCUAAUUCCGGCCAGUCUCCAGCAGCUUUUCUCAGCUCCAUGCUACCAUCCCAGCCACCACCCAUUUCUGUCAACGCAUUAGGCCUCCCGAAAGGAGUGACGCCUCCGGGAUUUCCCAAGAAAACAGGCAGGACUGCUAGGAUAGCAUCAGAUGAAGAGAUUCAAGGGUCAAAAGAUGCUGUAAUUCAGGACCUGGAAAGAAAACUUCGCUUCAAGGAAGACCUUUUGAACAAUGGGCAACCGAGAUUAACAUACGAGGAGAAAAUGGCUCGUCGAUUGCUGGGAGCAGACAGUGCUGCAACUGUCUUCAAUAUACAGGAACCAGAAGAGGAGCCUGCUAUACAGGAGUAUAAAGUCUCCAGCUUUGAGCAAAGAUUAAUCAGUGAAAUUGAAUACAGGCUGGAGAGAUCUCCUGUGGAAGAAUCAGAUGAUGAGGUGCAACAUGGAGAUGAACCUACUGAUAAUAGUAUGUCACCAUAUUUUGAGAUAAAGCUGAAGCAUUACAAAAUCUUUGAGGGCAUGCCAGUCACAUUUACAUGCAGAGUGGCAGGAAAUCCAAAGCCAAAGAUCUAUUGGUUUAAAGAUGGGAAGCAAAUUUCUAAACGAAGUGAUCACUACCGAAUUCAAAGAGAACCUGAUGGAACUUGCUCACUGCAUACUGCAGCCUCCACCCUGGAUGAUGACGGGAAUUACACUAUUAUGGCUGCUAACCCACAGGGCAGAAUAAGUUGCACGGGCAGGCUGAUGGUUCAAGCUGUAAAUCAAAGAGGCCGCAGUCCCUGGUCACCGUCUGGUCAGCCUCAUAUAAGAAGACCACGAUCUCGAUCAAGGGACAGUGGUGAUGAAAAUGAACCAAUUCAGGAACGAUUCUUCCGGCCUCAUUUUCUGCAGGCUCCUGGAGACCUGACUGUUCAAGAAGGAAAACUGUGCAGAAUGGACUGCAAGGUUAGUGGAUUACCCACUCCAGAUUUAAGCUGGCAACUUAAUGGAAGGCCGAUUCGUCCCGAUAGUUCUCACAAAAUGUUGGUGCGUGAGAAUGGUGUGCACUCCUUGAUCAUCGAACCAGUCACAGCCAGAGAUGCUGGAAUCUACACGUGUAUCGCCAGCAAUCGAGCUGGUGAAAAUACAUUCAGCCUGGAGCUCAUUGUUGCAGCUAAGGAAGUACACAAAGCACCUGUGUUUAUAGAGAAGCUACAAAACACAGGUGUGACCGAGGGAUUCCCAGUGCGACUGGAGUGUCGAAUCUCGGGGGAGCCGUCUCCUCAGAUAUUCUGGAAGAAAGAGAACGAGUCACUCACAUACAACACUGACCGAGUGAGCAUGCACCAGGAUAACUUCGGCUACAUCUGCCUGCUUAUUCAGGGAGCUACCAAGGAGGAUGCUGGUUGGUACACCGUUUCAGCCAAGAAUGAGGCUGGGAUCGUGUCUUGCACUGCCAGGUUGGAUGUUUACACUCAGUGGCAACAACCACCUCAGACAACCAAGCCAAAGAAGGUGCGGCCCUCAGCCAGCCGAUACGCGGCACUUUGUGACCAAGGACUAGACAUCAAAGCAGCUUUCCAGCCCGAAGCAAAUCCAGUCCACCUGACGAUGCAGUCUGGCUUGGUAGAGAGCGACGAUCUGUAGAUCCGGCGGCCGCGUCCAUCAUUUUCUUUCAAAGCAGAAACACUGAAAGCCAUUGCCUUGACCAAUGAUACUCCUAUGUCACUUUAUGCAAAGGCAGACACCUUCGAGUACAAAAGAUAAACAACAAACACAAUAACCAUAUAUUCCUUAUUCAUUAUACCAAAUUAGAAGACUAGAUAGAUUAUUAAUAGAAAUGUACACAUUGCACAACGAAUCACAUUCACCAGUUCCUUAUACCUAAGUUGCUUCAGCUCUUACGAAUAACCCUUUUCAUAAAGGCCAAAAUACAUCAGAGAGACAGAUUUCUCAGAAGAGAACACCAGCUAUCACUACAUGCCUUCAUAAGCAGGAAGUAGAUGCUACGCAACCUUAAUGGUGCAAGAUGGUUUAUUUGAGGCCAUUAGAUCACACAGAAAAUUAGAAUGUAUGGUUAUCUAUAGUUCCAAAACGGCAAUGCAUUCUGAUAGCUACAAUGAACAAGUGCAAUAUUGUAAGAAUAAGACAGGAAGGGACAAGGAAGAGAGACGUAAGCAAAUGCUGUAUCUCUGCAAACUGCUUUCUACUCUACA